ACGUUUGUUUCCUUCUCUGCAAUUCUCUUCUCUCCUUCUUUCUUUCUUUCUUCUACUUCUGUGUUGGUUCACUCAUCUCAUCAAAAUAAAAACCCAAUGCUGAUAACACCAAACAUAAAUUAGGGUUCUGUCUUGAUUCUUGUGGUGAGUAAACCAGUUUUUAUUGUCUCUGUUUUUGUUGCAGCACAGUGGAGGUUUUAAAGAGAGAUAUGGAGAUGGAGACAGAGACGGAUACGGAGACGGAGACUGAGUCCGAUGAUGAUAUGGAUACGGAUAUGAUGGUGUUUGAAGUUACUGAAAUCGAUUCGGAGUAUGAGUUUGAUGCUGCUCGUUGGUUCGAUUUUACUCGGGAGGAGUUAGCUUUGGAGUCUCGUGCUGCUGAACUUUGGUUCGAGACUGCUCAGUCUUAUCCACCUUCUCCUUUUGCGGUGAAAUUGUUUAUGAGAGAGGAGGUUUUGUCUGAAGAAAAGACCAAGCCUUUGUCUAAAUCACAAGAUGUGGAAGUUACAGUUGAUGUUCAAGAGAGUGACAGAGAGAUCUCUCAGCAACCACAUGUGAAUGAAACAGGAAAUGGAACGAGGUCUGGGGUGUUUAAUUUCAUCCAAGGUGGUACUUUGAACAAAGAUCCAAAUGAGUCCUUACAUAAAGGACCUACAUUUAGCAAUCGGAUUCAUUCUGAUAAACUGAAGUACCGACCAAAGUCAAGCAUCAGGCCUAUUCCGAGAAGCUCAACAUUGAUGAAACCUACUGCUAGCCUAUUGGCAAAACUAGAUAAUUCCAGAAUCCAUAUGCAAGUGGAUGGAAUUAAGGAGAAAGGCUUGUUUCCUUCAUCUGGAUCUGAAAUUCAAUCUUCUAAAAGACAGAAGCUCGAGGGAGGUCUUCUUCGUAAGGUUGCUGAAGUGACGCAGGAAACGAAUUUGGUCCAUAAGGCACUCAAGAAGGAUCUUGAUAGAAACUCAUUACAUGCCAGGAUGAAGAUUACUGUCCCACAGGGGCCUGAUUUUGCAACAUCACACCGAGCAAAUAGGAUGCGGCGCAGGACUGAUGCUAAAUUGGACCAGGACUCAUCAUCAGUAUAUAGGUUCAAAGCGCGCCCCUUGAACCGAAAAAUCUUGGAAGCUCCAUCAUUGCCCAUUCGAAAAAAGAGCACUCCUAAACUACCAGAAUUUCAAGAAUUUCGCUUGAAGACCUCAGAAAGAGCUAUGCAACAUUCAUCAGUAGUAUCAAAUAAUCGUAAGGAGUCAGAUAAGCCUAAUACAACACCAUUUCUUGACGGUGUUAACAGAGAACCAAGAAGACCAAGAGAUAUGGAUGAAUGUAGAAAACACCUCUUCAAAGCUCGGCCUCUUAAUAAUAAGAUACUUUCAAGUGGACGAGACAUUGGCAUUUUCUCAAAAAACAAGCGAGAAACUACAACUCCCUUGGGGUUUAGUUUUCACUCGGAAAGGAGGGCACAACCAGAUUUGCCAACAGACCUUCUCAGUAAGCUCUCCUUAUCAUCUGAACUCCAGCAAAACAGUGGAUCUCGCUCAAGAUUUGCUCAGUCUCAACAAGUAAAGGGCUCAAAGGAAAACAGACUGAACUCUUUUCAAGCAGAGAAUGAAAGAACAAGCAAGUUAAUGGGAAAACCGAUUGUACAACAUGGUGUAGUUCCUGAAACUAGCAAGCAAUGGACUUAAAGCAGCGGUACAACGAAAUUAACAAGAGCGUAGGUAUUCUCGCUGAUCGUAGAAAAUAAUCUUUCUUAGUUAUAUGAAUCAUCUCCAUUUUUUGUACAUUGAGAAUUGGUUCUCUUAGGAUGAAAACUAUUCAAAAAGAAGGCUAACAUUGUGAAGAACUUGAUUUUUUCUCUCAAGGGGUGUGGUGUGACAUUGUUAUCGGUUAAUUUUGGCACAGGGAAUGUAUAUUGUGGGAUACUCAUUUCUUGAUAUGAAUGAAAUAUAAAGAGAGGUUCAUCAUCA